UUAAUGAGUAGCAGUGCUUAUGCUGUUGUUCGGGUUAUAAGCUGCCAUUUUGUACGGGAUUCCAGAAACGCGUGCAGCUGUUCCCUGUUGCUGAGCUGUAGUAAUUGCUGUGGGCGUUAGUUUGCAGUGCAGUUUGCUGUUUCUUAUCGAGUUUGCUGUCAGUGGCAGUGUGUCUUGCAGUGUGCUUGCAGUGUUCUUGCAGUGUUCAACGCCUUUGCAGUGGCCUUAACAAAUUUUGUUUUAGAAAGCCAGCAUUUUAUCCAGUUUUAAUAUUUCAACUGUGAUGCGGUUCAGCAACAGACCAUUACCUUCAUUUGCUGCUGUUGUUUAAUUGAGUUGGUUGCAACUCUCCUAACCAAAUGAAAAUGAGGUUGCAGAUAUCUACUCCUGGGAAUUUAUUGUGUGAAAAUGUGGACUAUGAAAAUGAAAAGGCACACUAUGUCCUAGCCUCUAGCGGGCAUUUCAACAUUAUACCUGUUGGCAUUGCAGUGUGUAGAGUUGAAAUUAAGAAAAAGAAGCGUUGAUGCCAAAGCGGAAAACCGUGCUGCUGAAAUUGCUAUGCUGUCGAAGCUCGAAUACUUGUCGAAGAAAUUUAUGUCGUAUUAAUCCUUUUCGGCACAAGAGAAAGCAUAAAGUAUGAGUGCUCCCCCAAGGAGGAAAAGUGAUGGUGGUGACGACUCCUGUAACGAAAAUGGCAAUCUAACUGAGUUGAUGGAAGUCAAUCGUCGUUGGAAGCAAGAAUAUGAUCUACUUAAGACGAAAUAUUUGAGGGAAAAGUCAGAACUUGAGGGAAAAAAUAACUUGCUUACGUUGGAAGUGUCACGAUUGCAAAACGAACUUGCUAGGCUAGCUAAGGCGGUAGCCGAGAGGCCUCGCGCAAAGCUAGACUGCUGUAAUGGACACACGGAGCAAGGUUGUCAAGAAAAUGGAAACGUGACUAAUGAGUUAAUCAAAGAACAGCUUGCUGCCUACAAAGAGGAUUUCAAACUUGAACAUGAGGAUAAAGAAAAAAUUCAGUCAGAAAAGAAAUCUUUACAAGAAACGUUAAAUCAGUGUCAAAGACACGUACAGAGUCUUAAUCAAGAGUUAGACGUAUACAAAAAGGAAUGCAAGCGGUUACAGGAGGAACAAGAGGGUAGUCGACGACGGGAUAUCAAGAGACAUCCAAGUGUAGAUAGGAGUAAAUCGUAUCCAGAGACUAGUUCCCUAUCGUACAAAGAGGAACCUCUUGAUCCCAUGUCGUCCAUAGCAUUGCCGCCAUCAAUGUGCAGUAAGCGAGAGGGAUAUUUGAGCUUGCGAGAUUUCCGUCACGAACAGUUGAAAAGAGGUAUUUUAGUUCGGAACCCUACCUCCCAAGGCAGACCUCUUCGUUCACCGACAUACAAUGGUGGUAGCUCUACUACGAGACGGCUGAGCGACUCGGCCCCACCCUCCCCUCCGACGUCGCCGUCGAUCAACCAAUCGCCUCGUAAGCCAGACACCAGCAGAACUUCGUGUUUGUGGUAAAAACCUCGGAAUAGCCAACCAUGGCGCGGCCUCGUGUAGGGCUACCGCGGAAAAAACACAUUGUGCUUCUCAAACGAUGCAACUGAAUCAUAACACGUACCUGUGACUAUAGAAAUACGUCAUAUCAAAUCUCAUAUUCAACAGUUCUGAUCAUUCUUUGGCCAUUUCUUGACGACUGGUGGUGAUGGAGGGCUUCGCAAUGCAUCAUGGGGCCGGCCUUUUUGGUGUGACGUCACACAAAUAUCGUCCUGAAGAGUCAUCUAGAAUACUUGAUAGAAAUACAGUAAUCUGUGCUACCCAAUUUAUCCAUCCGAUUUAUCGAUGUGCGAAGUUUUUGCCUGUUUAAAUGAUUAAUGAAAAAUUUAUUCCUUGAUUAGGAUUACGAUUGGGAUUUUGUCUCAGAUUAGGAAUAUGGUUGAUUAGGGUCAACCCUAAUCAUGAGUCUAAUCAGCUCUAAUCUAAUCUCAAGGAUUAAAUUCGUGUACUUAGCGUUUACAGAACAUGAAAUUAUUACAUGAAUUCUCUGGUUUUUCUUCUUGCCACAGCUACAGGCUAUGAUUCACUUGCAUUUCAGAUGACAUUCAAAAACUCCACUAUCUCGCUUAUAUGCAAAUAGUUCAUUCCAGUGUGGGAAAUUCGCCUUCCUCGUGCAAUUAGCCAUUUUCCAAAGUCCCCGUUUCGCAUCAAAUUCAAUAUUCAUUUCAUAAAACAGCGUUAUUUUAUUUGGCUUGUAAAUAUAUUGACGGUAUAGUCUAAGAUAGAUGUGAUUUUCAUAUUUCAACAUCAUUUUUAACCUUCCUGGCAACCUAGAAUACACUGGGAAUUUCUCAUUCUGAUAAGGGCUAACUCUUACAGAUAUGUAUUUUAUUUGCUUCGCGAGAGAGUUUCAUAUCAUGUUUGGCUGAAUUUCAAACGGUGCCACCACCACACGUGAAGACCUGUUUCCACUUGUGAUUUUUGCUGCGAUUUUCUUCUUUUGAUCGAUGUGAACGAGUGAAUUAGUUACUGAUGUUCAAAUAGGAGCUCUUAUACAUCAGAACAAACGUAACUUAUUACUCGUUCACAUCUAUCAAAAAAAGAAAAUCGCACAUGCAUUAAAUCCCACCUGAAUUUGCAAGUGUAAACUGGCCUUAAUAUAAUUUUACUAUCAUUCGAAGUGAACGACGUUAACUUGGGAAUACUUAAAUAU